CCAGGCUUCUGAGGACAGUCUCCUACAUGUCCUACAGAAUCAGUAGCUGCAGAAGGAAAGAGACGGGGGGCACCUUGACAAGCCAGGAGCUCUUCCCCAGCUGACUCCCCUUUCCCUCCCUCAGACUGCAGUGGGCAGGGUGGCUGGCCUGCCCUUGGUCAGCUCUGCCUAUGAGAUGGCCUCUGCCAACUAUGUGGCCACCAAAGAGACCUACCCAGCCAUCAAAGCUGUCUGUGAGGUGGCAGAGACUGGGGUGAGGGCCAUCACCUCUGCUGCCAUCGUCGGGGCACGGCCCAUCCUGGACCAGCUGGAGCCACAGCUUGCAGCAGCCAAUGAAUACGCCUGUAGGGGUCUGGACAGACUGGAGGAGCAGCUGCCCAUCCUGCAGCAGCCGAUUGAGAAGGUAACUACACUAGUGUCCAGGCUGGUUCUGGAGCAGGCUGAGGCUGUGGGCCCUUCACUUCCACUAGGUGUUCAGUGACCUCUCCUGACACCUUUUCCUCUAGGUGGCUUUGGAUGCCCAAGACCUAGUGCAUGCCACAAUGGUGGGUGCCAAGGAUACAGUCUGCAGCACGGUCACUGAGGCGAAGGAUGCAGUGACCAGCAUGGUGGGCGUGGCCAAGGGGGCUGUUCAGGAGAGCGUGGAAGUGACCAAAUCUGCAGUGACCAGUAGCAUGAGCACAGUGAUAAGCUCCAGCAUGGGGCAGAUGGCUGCGAGUGGCAUAGACAUGGCACUGGCAAAAUCUGAGCAGUUGGUGGACCACUACCUCCCCAUGACAGAGGAGGAGCUUGGUAAGAACCCCUUUGGUUUGUAUUCAGCAAUGUGACCCUGGUGUCUUGGGGCAUGGCUUAGACUCCCAGCGUUCACAGCUGAGCUGCCAAACGAGCCACCUCUCCUUGGGGUUCCCUUGCAACAUGGCUUGGCUUCUAGGCCUCCCCUUGUUCCUUCAUGUUGGGCCCUCUGCUAGCCCUGCCUGAUGGAAGGAGGCUGGACUAAUGGCUUUGAUGCUGCUCCCUGUUCAGUUACCCGCUCUCUGGCUGGUCAGUGCCGCAGGACAUCCAAACAUGCCCUGGGAAAGAUUCUGUAGGCCACAAGCUUU